UUUUUUUUUUUUUUUUUUUUUGUCUUUUAAAAAAAAAAAUGGUUUUUUUUAGGUACACUAGUAAAAGCAAAAGGUGAUAAUCUCAUAGAGGUCAAUUAUUUUUUUAUGUAUUCUGAGCGCACCUGUCAUUUAAAAAGUUCAUGUUUCCAUCUUUUUCUUGUACUCCAUGACUGCACUUGCAGCUGUCACGUUGAAAUAAAAAUGCAAGAGACUCCUCUAAAGUUGCAAAAGGACCUUUGAUAUACUUUAUUGACUUUUGUAUUUAGUUUAUUCCAGUUGGUAAAUUGCAUCAGAGUGCAUUCGUGAGGGGUAAUAUUGAUCACGUGCUGAUUAGCGGUCAUUUUCUACUCAUCAUCCCAAGAAAAAUUCCCCCUGGAGUCUUGGUUUAGUCUUUAAAACACAAGACCGCAGCUUUAAAUUCCUGGAAAUCAAUUUGACGGCCGUUAUAGAAAAAAGUUGACCAGCUGGCAGAUAAACGAAGGGUCAGCCAUUUGUCGCUUUAUUUACUUUUUUCUCUUAGUUCAGAUCUGAUUGGGUGAGUGGAUCAUAUUUAUCCGGGCGACGAGUGUUUUGCACAUUUUGAAACAUGGAAAUACUGAGCUUCAUCUCAGCGGGUGUAACGUUGCUUUAUGUGCUGCUCGGCGAGCGGAUGGUCAACAUGAGAAAAAUGUAUCUUGCGUCUCGAGAACCGGUCAAGAAUCACCUUUCCAACUGUGUAUUGCUCAAAAAUCUGAGUAACGGUUCUGAGGAUAUAACGGUCUUUGGAGACGGGCUCGCUUUUAUCAGCACUGGUUUAAAGUACCCUGGUUUGCCAUCCUCCGAUGCUCUCGGGAAGAUCUUCCUCCUCGAUCUAAAAAAGUCCGACAUGGAGCCAGCGGAGUUGUCCGUAUCAGUGAACUUUGACCUGAAGACGUUCAACCCUCACGGCAUCAGUGUCUACACGGACCCGACGAGUGGCACGGUGUACUUGUUUGUUGUGAAUCAUCCUCAUCACAAGAGCCAAGUGGAGUUGUUUGAAUUUGAUGAGAGGGGACUUUCCCUCCUGCAUUUGAAGACCUUCAAACAUAAACUUCUUCACAGUGUGAAUGAUAUCGUGGCUUUGGGAGUGGAUCGUUUCUAUGCCACCAACGAUCACUACUUUUCCGACGAGCUCCUGAAAAGUGUCGUGGAGCCUCUUCUGGGCCAACCUUUGACUAAUGUGGUUUAUUUCAGUACGGAGAUGGUCAAAGUGGUCUCCGAGGGAUAUUACUUUGCAAACGGCAUCAAUAUCUCACCAGACCAAAGGCAUAUAUAUGUGGCGGACAUAAUGGCCCAUAAUGUGCAUGUGUUGGAGCGAAUAGAAGACAAUGGCUUGGCCCCUGUCAAGAAUGUGGCUUUGGGUUCACUUUGCGACAACAUCGAAGUCGACAGGAAAACCGGCGACCUGUGGUUAGGCUGCCACCCCAACGCGUGGAGAAUUUUCCAUUUCGACCCCAAAAACCCACCCGGGUCGGAGAUUCUUUUUCCAGUUGAAUGGACCUUUUCGAUGGCGAUCUUAAGCUCCGCCCCCUGAGCCAUGUCCCACGAGCUUCCAAAAUGGCGACUGAACAGAACAGGUCAUCCGUAUCCGGAACAUUCUUUCCGAGGAGCCGGUGGUGACGCAGGUGUAUGCCGAUGACGGUCAUGUGAUUAUGGGCUCAUCCGUGGCAACCAUCUACGGAGGGAAGCUGCUCAUUGGAUCGGUC